CCGUACGCGGCACCGCCUCGCCACAGCCGCAAGGUGGCCGCCGGCCGGCCGGCGAGCUCCCCCCACCCAUCCGCGCUCUCCCUCGCGGCGGCCCCGGUUCCCGGCUUGUUGGGACUUGGGAGCGGCGGCCCCGGUACCAGAUUUCUCCUCCCGUCUCGUUUCACGUCCGUCUCGUCUCCUCCUGGCUUCGCCCGCCGCCUCCGCCUGCGCCGAUCUCCCGCGAGCAGGGGCGCCGUCUUCCUGCAUCCUCACCGAAGAUGCUUAAUCUCAUUAAAAUAAAGGAUAAAAAGAAAGAGCAGGCAGCAAGUGCUGCUGGAAAGGCUCCUGUAAAAAAGCAAUCAGCUGGAGAACUCCGUCUUCACAAAGAUAUUAGUGAGCUAAACCUACCCAAGAGCACAUCAAUUUCUUUUCCCAAUGGCAAGGAUGAUCUGAUGAACUUUGAGAUCAUCGUCCGACCUGAUGAAGGAUAUUACCUAGGUGGCACUUUUGUCUUUACUUUUCAAGUAUCUCCCUCUUAUCCUCAUGAACCUCCAAAGGUCAAGUGCAAGACAAAGGUGUACCAUCCAAAUAUUGACUUGGAAGGAAAUGUAUGUCUGAAUAUUCUGCGUGAAGAUUGGAAGCCUGUUCUAAACAUCAACACUGUCAUUUAUGGCCUGAACCUUCUUUUUACGCAACCAAAUGAUGAGGAUCCCUUGAACCAUGAAGCAGCUGCUGUCCUUCGUGACAACCCAAAGAUGUUUGAAGCUAAUGUCAAAAGGGCAAUGGCCGGAGGCUAUGUGGGUCAACACUAUUUCCCAAGAUGUGCAUGAUGGUGCUGGGUGCCAAAAACAUUACUACGUUUUAAGCCAAAAACAUUACUUCCGACAUUUUGGAUGUAUGGCUUCGGUCCGUAAAAGUGUUGUGGGAUGCAUGCGAUAUGUUGUUGACUGUAUGACGGCAAUGCUGCCAUCUGUGUGAUAUUUGUUUGAAGUCAGUAAAUUGGUAAUCUGGAGGUGGUACAGAUAAAAUUUGAAUUGCAGUUCAAGCAGGAUUUAUACAUCAUUUUCU